AUGGCACCCGAGACAGACGUGCUGAUCGCUGGCGGAGGCCCUACGGGUCUUGUACUCGCUCUUUGGCUAUACAAACAAGGAGUUAAAUUCCGUAUCGUCGACCCAGGGACCGGCUCUGUGCAAAACUCCCGCGCUCUCGUCGUCCAUGCGCGUAUCCUGGAAUUAUAUCGUCAACUUGACCUGGCUGAUGAUUUACUUGAGCUUGGAUACAAGCUUCCCGCAACUAAUGUGUGGGUUGAAGGUCAACAUCGCGCUCACAUCUCACUACGGGACUUUGGCAAAGAAUUGACACCAUAUCCCUUCAUGCUUAUUGUUCCACAAGAUGUUCACGAACGUGUGCUUGAACAAAGGCUUAACUCUCACGGUAUUUUUGUGGAACGGCGUACCAAGCUUGAGAGUUUCGUGGACAAUGGACGGAGCAUCACCGCAAAGCUUGUUCGUCAGGAUGAUAGGACCGAGAUGACCUGCGAGGCAACAUAUAUCGUUGGCUGCGAUGGCGCUCACUCGGUUGUGCGACAUGAGAUUGGCGCAGAGUAUGAGGGCGAUACAUACGUGCCGUUAUUCUAUAUUGUCGACCUUGAGUUUGAGGAACAAGAUAGCCCCUUCUUUAAUGGCGAAGCUAAUUUGAGCUUUGUGGAAGAUACAUUCAACUUGAUCCUUCCGUACGCGCAGGGAAGGCGUGUCAGAUUAAUCGGUACUACAAUUCCGAAAACCAACGGGAGCCACAAAGAUCACAAUUUAUCGGAGCCUCACGCAGAAGUCACUUUCGAAGAUAUCCUGCCAGACAUCCAAAGAGCGUCCAAGAUCGAAAUAAAAGAAGUGAAUUGGUUCUCCCUGUACCGCUGCCAUCAUAGAGUGUCUUCAAUCUUCCACAAGAACCGAGCAUUCCUCGUUGGCGACGCUGCUCACAUCCAUAGUCCCGUGGGUGGACAGGGCAUGAAUACUGGAAUCAUGGACGCUAUCAAUCUCGCAUGGAAAUUGGCCACCGUCAUAAAACAGGAUUCAAUGACAGACGAAGCCAAACUUCGUCUUCUCCAAUCAUACGAACCUGAACGGCGUGCAUUUGCACUUAGCGUCGUGGGCGCUACGGAUCGUGGAUUCACUUUCCUCACGAGUCCCGGUUUCCUAUCACACAUGCUACGAGUCUGGGUGAUCCCUUAUGUGGCUCCACUGGUCAUCCGGUUCAAGUUCGCCAGAAUGGAAAUCUUCAAACGUGCAUCACAGCUGGUUUGCAGCUACCGCGGUAGUCCUAUCAGCCAAGAAGCAAAGGGAUCUGAGACAGUUCAGCCCGGAGACCGCAUGCCAUGGGCAAAGACAGAAGCUUCCGAUAACUUCGUAACUCUGGGGUAUCUCUGUUGGCAGCUUCAUGUGUACGGUGAGCCACAACCCGAAUUGUGGACAUGGUGCCAAAAAUUGAAUGUCCGGCUACACGUGUUCCAUUGGGAUAAGAUUUACGAUGGUGUCGGAUUGAAGAGAGAUGCUGCGUAUUUGAUCCGACCAGACCACUAUGUUGCCGGUAUCUUUGAAGGGGAUUCGAUAUUGCAUGAACUCGAUGAGUACUUCUCCACACGUGGGUUGAUGUGUUGGCCUUACUUAAGUGACUAG